AUGUUUCCGGAACUGGAUCAGAGGACUCAAAGAGCUCCGCUUUCGCUUUUCUGUCCGCUUUCUCUUCUCAAGGAAGGCGCUCGUGGUAUUUCGACCACCGAGAAUAUAAGUAAUGGAAACCUUUGCGUGGUAGUUUAGGGCCCGUAUAUAAUUGAUUGUCCAUAUCUAUGGCCGCGAAAAAUGAAAGCUAGCUCGAAAUUUCAUUCAAAAUAUCAGUUGGUGAUAAAAAUAAAUCAUGAUGAAGUUAAGAUUGGUAAUGUCGAAAAAAUAAACUUGUUACGCAAAUAGUGGAAUCGACAUUGGAAAGUUUUCGAAGAAAGUUUCACGUUCUUCCCUUACCGAAAUGGUUUGAUAUUCAGAAAGAUCGUAAACUCUCGCAACAUUGUAAAACGAGUCAGAAAGCAGCAAAUCAUUGGCGCGGAGAGCUUAAAAAUCCCGUUAAUCCGAUUUUUAGAUGGGUGGUCUGCCAGCUAAGCUAUUACAUGAAAGUAAGAGAUUUUUUUUGAUUUUUUAAAAAUAAACGGAGCAAAAUUUUAUUGAACUAGAAAACUUUCUAUAAAUAUUUUUUUUCAAAGAGGUCUUCCUAUGCAGUCUUUGGUCUUUGAGCUAUGUGGCCCAAGCCUCGAAGAAAUCCGACUUUUAAAAAUUUUGGCGAAUGAAUAAUAUAGUUUGAACGUUUACAAACAAGACAAGAUGGAGCAAGGGUUUGGAGGGUUCUUUUUGCUCACUAGAAGUAAAUUGGUUUCUCAUUCAAACUGAAAUGGAAGUUCGAAACUGAACUUUUUACCUUUCGAAUGAGAAAAGGAUUGGCAUUACUCCCGAAAUGAUGAGAAGUAUGUUGAUCCUCCCACUUUUAUCUGAAAAAUUUCAAUAUAAUGAAUGUUUUUAAGUUAUCUCAGAAGAUACCUCAGUAAUUCAUUAAUUUAUCAACUUCCUAGUAAAGGAGAGAACACACACAAAAGUUUCAACCCGAUUUUCGACGACCGGUUGGCGCGUCUUCAGCUCGGCGGCACAGUAACACCGAGGCUCCACCCCCUUUGGACAGCAGCCGAGGUAUAAAAUAUCGGCUUGUUGUAACUCGGAUUGUCGUUCAGCCAUCUACUGCAAUGAUAUCCGUCCUUUUUGCUAUCUGUGCUGCUUUGCCAGUUACUUACGCUGUAAGUCAUUUAUUUGCCUUGAAAUUUGUCAAAGAAGCAUUAUCUUGAUUUGAAUUAGAAAUGCAUAAAUUUCGUCCUAGUUUUUAAGCUCUUCUACCCACUUUUUGACAAAUUCUUCCUUUUCUCUUAUCUAAAAAGGAUGAAACGUAUCCUUCAGUGCGUGGCCAGCGGAACCUGCGGUCUUGGACCCUGCUUCAAUCCGAUACCGCCUAUCACGCCGCCGUGUGCCAGUAGCGGUACGUUUUCCUAGCGACGGUCACUUCGCAAAAGCUUACUGAAUUGUUCCAAAAAUCAUAUAUAGAAUAAUCAAGAUCUACAGAAAAGUAAGUGAGACUUUUAUAAAGUUUAUUUCAAGUCUCCUCUCAAUUUAUAAAGUUUAAACCCAGCUUUUAGAGUAGAAAAAUUCAUCGCAAGAGCUCAUUUCCAAAUCUUGUAAAUUUUCCCACAGUCUUAACACGAUGUAACGCUUUGAAAUAAUUUUCUGGGGUAAGUUUCUUUUCAGAAACUUAGGCUGCCUAUUACUUUUAUGAAAGGUAAAAGGCAAGCUUGAUCCGAAUUCGAAGUGAAAAAAAGUUAAAAUAUAAAACUUUUAGGAAGUCUAUAUUUCCUGAUCACAGGCAUUCAGGCUGCGGCGUGGGAUUCUCGUGCGGUUCCUACGGAUGUUACCGGACUAAGGCCAGAGUUCACGGCGCCGGAACUCGGCAGGCUGGACCUGUGCUUUUCGGUGCCGACCGUUUCUCACAGUUCCGCAAGCAGACUGCGGCAAGUUUUUUUUGUUUUUUGAUGUCUAAAAUAUCUUUCGUUAUGAACGAAAAGUACCACUCACCUUGAAAAGUUUUUAUUUCUUUCAAUUUGCAAUCAGUCAGAUAUAUAUCAAGUUAGAACUUUCUGCUUCCGUAUGAGCUGACAUUGGUUUUUUCUCCGUGGAACUUAAGCCCGCAGUACGAGAUUUUAUGCGAUAUUUACUCUGUUGAAGUUACAACAAAAACUCGCGAAAACGUGUAAGGGAAACGAGCGAGUGACCACAUGGCGGUUUAAUCCCGCCGGUUUGCAACCGCAACCGUCGAUGCGUGGCACAUUCUGCGCAACGACAUCCGGUCGCCGAGUGAGGACAACGGUUCAGCCAAACCAGUUGCUUUCAAUACUUGGCUUUCAAUUACUUCAUUCCGCGCUCUUUCUGUAGGAGCUUUCUUAUCUGAAGUUUUCAUCGACAAAUGAUCAAAUCAACUAAAAAUUUUCCAAUAAGUCAUACAAAUUUGGAGAAUUUCCGAGGGACACCUUUUUAGAAGCUCUUGAAUAUCCAUCAAAGAAUCAAAUAAUUUUUUGUUAUGUAAUUCAGUCCAUUCGGCUCCUGAGAAAAAAAAAUGGAAAAACUUGGCAUGAAAAGGCCCCAUGUUUUUUUCCAAUUUCAGUCAGAGCCUUAUCUUGUUUGCUCAUGAACCAAACUUUUUCAGGAUCCCAACGCUCUUUUCAUGCAAUGCUGUGAACAGAGAGGUCUUCCAGACGCUUGUCUCCAGAAAUGCACAUUCAACACAUACUCAAAAGACGCGGUGAGAGACAGCUUCUCAAAGAAUCGAAAAGAGGAGUUUCAGCUGACCAAGAUGUACUUCCGACAAGACGCCUGUCCACUGGCCGCCUCGGCUGAGAUCCAAUUCUGCGCCGCCCAGGGACGGGACCAUACGAGUUGCUGUGUUCGCAACGGGGUCGCCACAACUCUCGCCGGAGACAAAGUACGUUGCCACAAUUUGAUAGUUGCAUAGUUUUUGCCUCUCAUUUUUACAUUCAUUAAGCUCAGCGUAUGGUUUUGUUAUAACCGAAUAUUAAGCUUUAGGGAAAAUUUGUGGGCUUUGAAAGACAAAAUUAAAGUUCAAAAUCGACUAAGGCGUACAUCAGAAGUCUCUUCGGCACUGAUCAACCUCGUAAAGAAAAAACAAGUUCAAAAAUGAAUAAAUUUCCUAUUCCUUAUCUAACUGUUUUGUAUGAUGGAUUAAAUCAAAUAUUUCACGAAACUUCACAGACUGUCAAAAGUUAUCCUUUUUUAUAUACGACAGCACUUUUGAACCAUUUUUACAUCCCUUCAAAAAUGCUCAAAUCGAAAGUAAAAGUAAAAAAUCGAGUCAAAUAGCUAGACCGGUGUAAAUUGAGACUCUGGACUACUUGGUCGACGUGGCGCACGAUUUCAACUGUCUGAUUUCAGUGUCUGACGUUUUGCGACCAGCGACCAGGCAACGUCACACUUCUCGAUUAUUCCUACAUUUCGUGCUACGACCGAUUCGAAAACAUGAAGGCCUGCUUUUGGCAGGACGCUUCCCAACGCUCCAAAUAA